AGACAUGAAAUAAACUACCUUUUCGUUUGAUGUGCGAACAUUUGAUGACGGCUUUGAUUCUCGUACAGUAACUUUUUUUAAUUAAAAUCUUAUAAAAAUGGCUAAAAAGAAAAGUGAAGAAUAUACCGGUGAUAGCGGUGACGAUAACGAUUACGAGGAAGAGCCUAAUUUCGAUGAUCCCGAAGGUUUUGUCGACGAUGUUCCCGAUGAAGAACUUCUGGCUGAUAUGCUGGAGCAGAAACCAUGUGAAACUGAUGGAGUUGAAAGUGUAGUUGUUGUGGAUAAUAUUCCAAAAGUCGAGCCAUCUCGAAUGGAGAAAUUGAAAUCCGUCAUUCUGAAGCUUUUUGCAACGUGUGGCGAGAUUGUCAAUGUAUUCCAUCCAUUGGACGAAGAAGGCAAAACUAAAGGUUAUGCAUUUUUGGAAUUCAAUAAUGCUACUAGUGCUGCUGAUGCAGUGAAAACAAUGAACAAUCAUCGUUUGGACAAAAAUCACACAUUUGCUGUGAAUUUGUUUACCGAUUUUUCAAAGUAUGAAAAUAUCCCCGAGAAAUGGGAACCACCCACUCCUCAACCCUUCAAAGUUCAGAGUGAUUUGUACAACUUCAUCACUGAACCAGAUGCAUACGAUCAAUACUGCGUUGCUGCCGAAACAGCUCCAAACUCAGUUCAGGUACAAUUUUGGCAGAAUACCUUGCCCGAACCAACUGAAUUGGAAACCCGCGAUCGCUUCACUGACACUUUUGUCAAAUGGUCUCCACUCGGAACAUAUGUCGUCACUUUCCACAAACCCGGUGUAGCCAUCUGGGGAGGCACUACUUUCGGGAAGAUCAACAAAUUCCCCCAUCCCGGAACACAAUUUGUUGAGUUCUCGCCGUGCGAGAACUACCUCGUCACUUAUGGCCCCACAGCAACUGGCCAGAUGAUCAUUAUCUGGGAUAUUCGCACCGGUAUGGAGAAACGUAGCUUCGUUUCCGAUGGUAAUUCAAACUUAUCCAUGUUCCGUUGGUCGCAUGACGAUAAAUAUGUUGCUCUAAUGGGUGAAAAUUGUAUCCAUGUCUAUGAAACACCCAGUUUCUAUUUGCUGGACAUGAAGUCGAUUAAAGUUCCCGGAAUUCGCGGAUUCAGUUGGUCACCAACUGACAACAUUAUCGCCUAUUGGGUAGGUGAGGAUAAUCAAAUCCCAGCUAGGGUUAUUAUCUUGGAGAUUCCUAAGAAGCGUGAGUUGCGUAGCAAGAAUCUCUUCCAUGUUGCCGAUUGUAAGAUCCAUUGGCAAAAAUCUGGAGAUUAUUUGUGUGUUAAGGUUGAUCGUUUCUCGAAGCAAAAGAAGGACAAGAAAGACUUUGAUGUCAAAUUCCUCGGAAUGUUCUACAACUUUGAGAUCUUCCACAUGCGUGAGAAGGAUAUCCCUGUGGAUUCUGUAGAAAUCAAGGAACUCAUUUUGGCUUUCUCAUGGGAACCAGUUGGCAAUAAGUUCGCCAUUAUUCAUGGUGAACAAAGUAAUUCGAAUGUCAGCUUCUACGAAGUCAAGAAAGGACAAAAACCAAAUCUGGUUAAGAAAUUGGAAAAGAAAUCUUGCAGCCAUCUUUUCUGGUCGCCACGUGGUCAAUUCAUUGUCCUUGCUAAUUUGACAAUGGGAACAUUCGAGUUCAUUGACACCAACAAUGAUUUCAUUGUUAUGUCAUCGCCAGAUCACUUCCGUGCUUCUGAAGUUGAAUGGGAUCCAACUGGACGUUAUGUCGUCACUGGAGUUUCUUCAUGGAAGGUUAAAGAAGAUACUGGUUACAACAUGUACUCGUUCCAGGGACGCAUUCUUAAGCGCACAAUUUUGAAGAACUUUGUUCAAUUCUUGUGGCGUCCAAGACCACCAACUUUGUUGACCGAAGCUCAACAAAAGGAUAUCAAGAAGACCUUGAAGAAGUACUAUCCACAAUUCGAGAACAAGGAUCGUCUUCGUAUGACUCGUGCAUCGAAGGAGUUGCUCGAGAAACGUGCACAAUUGCGCGAACAAUUCGCCGAGUAUCGCAACAAGCGUGUGGUUGAAUGGAAAGACCAGAAGAACAGGCGUAUGCAGCUUAGAAAUCAUGUCGAUACUGAUAGCUUGGAAACUGAAGAUGUUGAUGAAGAAAUUGUCGAAUUUUUGAUUAAAGAAGAAAUAACCGUUCUCGAGUAGACGACUUCAAGAUUCCGUUUAUCACACUUUAGAAAAAAUAACUUGCCAUUACGAACACAAAAUUAUUUUAAAAUAAAUUAGCGAUCUUUCCAUAUGAGAAUAAGUUUAAAGAUCUUUUCCAAAUAAACAACAAUUGGUUGAGAUCGCUUUUUGCAAGUUAUUUUUUUUUUAAUAAAAACAAAGUGAAAGAAAUUGAUUAACAAAAAAAUA